CCAUGACCUCAAUCCUCGUCCUCAGUCUAGUCAGCCUGGUCGGAGCAGCCAGCGAGAGCUGCUAUUGGAACCGUCCAUGCCCCAACCUCCUGCACUCCACCAAAACUGCUUACGAAACCAUCCGCGGGGAUAUAAGGGACUAUCCUGACCCUGAAUCAUGUGAGGCCGUCAGCAUUUGGACGCUGCACCGGCACGGCAACCGCAAUCCCGGAUCGUCCUCCAUCGACAUGAAGCGGCUCAUUGACGCCGUCCAGGGGCAGAUCAUCCGGGCCCACGAGGACGGCCGCAGCCAUCUCUGUGCUCAGGACAUCGAAGCUUUCCGCAAAUGGACUUUCAACGAUACGAUCCUGGAGUCGCAAGCGUACCUGACUGGUACCGGCUACGAUGAGCUGUUCGACAUUGCCAAGCGGCUGCGGCAGCGCUACCCGCACCUGAUGCAGGGCGCUCCCGAGGACUACUACCUCCGGCCGACCAACUCGCAGCGCACCAUCGCCAGCGUCAUGGGCUUCGUGCAUGGAUUCACCGAUGAAACAAACCUUAACAUUACGUUCGACGGGCCUUUUGAGAGAGACGACGUGAUCAGGCCUUAUGAAAACUGCCUAAGAUAUCAGCAUGAUGUGAGAGGAGGUGCUUUACUUGAAGAGCAAUUGAAAGAGUAUGCUAAAUCUGCGGAAUACGUAGCCCUUCAGAAAGCAGUUCAAGAGCGGCUGGGCAUCACGUACCAGCUGAGCGCCUCGGACGUGUACACACUGUACGAGGUCUGCCGCUGCCACCGCACGUGGACGCCGACCCUGCAGGACGCCUGGUGCGCCGCCUUCUCCGACCAGGACCUCGUGAUGCUGGAGUACCGUGACGACGUCCACUCCUACUACAGGAACGGCUACGGCUCAUGGGUGAACCAGCGAAUGGCCGGCCCCCUGCUGAAGGACCUGCGCGAGCGCAUGCAGGCGGCGGCGCGCGGCGAAGGCCACAAGCUCGUGUCGUACUUCUCGCACAGCGCCAUGACAGAGAUGGCGUUCGUGGCGCUUGGCCUGUUCCGCGACGCCGCCGCCGCCAAAGGCGCCAGGAGAGACUCCGCCCGCAAGUGGCGUACCAGCUUCAUUGCCGCCUUCUCCACGAACAUGAUGGUGGUUCUAAAUAGAUGCACGGAAUCCGGGACUCAAACUCACCGAGUUCAGUUCUUCAUCAACGAAAAAGCGACGGAGCUAUGUCCGCCGGUAGGGUGCUCGUGGCAGCAGUUCGAGGAGCUGGUGCAGGACUUUGACGACAACCUGGAGUUCUGCAGCCCCGACUACCCGGAGCCCGAGACGCCGGCGGCGCCCGGCGCCGCCGCACGGAGCCUCGCCGCGGCCGGCCUGCUCGCCCUGCAAGCUGCAUUUGUGAUCUGUAUUAUCUUAUCUACCUAA